AUGUCGGAGGUAGUAGUGAAGAGGGGUCGCGGAAGGCCUCGGAAACAUCCCCCGGAUGUUACCGUGGUGAAGAGGCCGAGGGGACGGCCUCGAAAAUAUCCGAUUGACGUGCCGGUGAUAAAGAGGGGACGCGGGCGGCCGCGGAUAAGGCCGUUACCGGACCCGAAUGCAAUAAAGCGGGGGCCAGGACGGCCGCGGAAAACGCCGGCCCUGUUGAUGGCAGAUGUGGACAACAUCAUUCUCGCCCCGCCUACCGAGGACUUGGUGCCCGACCAGCGGCCGUUUGACAGGCGCUUCGAAGACGCAGAUGCGGGCCAAUACUUCCAGGAUGACGCCACGGAAGAAGACCCCUACGACGACGGAGGCGACACCUACCAGCGCCACCAGUUGAAAAUCGCUGAAGAUAUAGUCCGCCGAAAGCUGGACGAACAGAGGGGCCCCUUCCGCUUAGACACGCCCACCCUCCUCACGCGCAACGUCGCUGCCACCGCCGCCGACGAUGUCGGCCCGCCCCCCUUCCAGCCCGUCCUGACCGAGCGCGCGAGUGCUCUCAUGAAGGAAGAGCCAGAAGCCACGAGCGGCUCGGGGCCAGAGGACCUAGCGCCGCCGCAGCCAUCAGCGUCCGGCGUGAAGCAAGAGGCAGCGCUGCAACAUAGACAUUUCCUGUUUGGCGAAGAGGCGAUGAAAAAUAUGAACCCCAUUGUCUUGUCCGCCCUCACCGCUUUCGAGGACGAGAUGGUGAAAACCAUGGCCCCUAUAUAA